CGCCCCUCUCUCUCACCGGCUACCUCAUCUACCGGUAACCACAACCUCCUGGUCACCAUCACACGUGCUAUCCUCCCUCCACACGUGCGUACUACUCCCCCUCUAACCUCUCAUAUACAAGAACUAGAAACGCAUGCUUCCCUAAUUCCUUUCUUUUCUGUGGUGCAAUUGGUGCAGCAAAUAAAAGUUAGAGAGAGAAAGGGAACCCAAGAAAUAUUUAAAAAGCAUAACAAUUUUUUCUUGGUCUUGGUGUUGUAGUAGGAGUAGACGGUCUUCCUCGGUCUCUCUCUCUCUCUCUCUGCGAAAUCUGACCUGAAAGAUCACUGCUGGGUCUGAGUGCGUGAGUGGUCUUUCUUUCUUUCUAAGCCAGCCAAAAAUCUCUUGAUUAGAGAGGGAGACAGAGAUCAAUAUCUUAUCUUUACACUGAUGAGGAUCCGGAAAAGGCAGGUUCCCUUCUCUCUCUCGUCUCUCGCUUCCGUUACUGUCUCAGAUCCCCUCCUCAGUCGGUCUCCGGUGGUGCAACUCCAACUCCAAGAUGCCACACACCCGAAGGCUUCAGACCCACUUGGAAAUCUUACCCCUCAUCGCGAAAGAGGUGCCCACUUUGAUUAUCAGCCGUCCGAUCAACCCAAUCAACGCCUCCUACCGAUCGAAGGAGGAAGCAGUGGCCUGGAUUGCUCUGAUAAUGCUAGUGGGACUCACAAGGAGAAGAAAAAGAAAGAUUUUUCGGAGUUGUUGCAAGGGGAAUAUGAGAGAGGGGGAGAGGUAGAGAAGGGCAAUGAUAUCAGGAAGGGUGGCAUCCUGGGUGCAGAAACUGUUACUGGGGUUCUUCCAGAAUCAAGGGCUAUUUAUCAAGCAUCUGGGAGUACUUGGUGUGACGGAGAGAAAUCGUUUCCACCAAAGAAGAGGAGGAGUUCCUUCGAGAGAUCAAGAUCCAGGGAAGACGCGAUGAUGGAGAGAGAUAAGAUCAAGAUGAAGACUAAGAUGAAGACGGAGAUGAUCAGUAGCAACAAAUGUGCGCAACAAAUAAAUAACGAGGAAUUGGGAGAAGAAAAAGAAACAAAGGCGCGGGGUCUUGAGAGUACCGGUGCAAAAAAGCUGAGGGCUAGAGGUGGUGCACUUAUGGAGGGGUCGAGGUGCAGCCGUGUUAAUGGGAGAGGAUGGAGGUGUUGCCAACAGACUCUUGUGGGCUACUCUCUAUGCGAGCAUCACUUGGGCAAGGGAAGGCUAAGGAGCAUGACAAGCCUUCGAAGCCGAUCCUUGGCUGGUAGUAAUACUCUUACUGCUCUGAAGAGGGAUGAGUCUGAGCCACUAUCGACAACUUCAUCGUCGCUACUAGAGAACGAACUGAAGGAUUCCGUGUUAGAUAAUGGCGGUGAAGAUGAAGAUGAGAAUAAGCCAUUGAUGUUCACGAAGAAAAGGAUGAAGCUUGGAAUGGUUAAAGCGCGCUCCAUAAGCAGCUUGCUCGGCCAAACAAACAACGGGACUGUGGUGGCCGAUCAUCAAUAUUAGUAGGGCAUGCAAGCUCUGAAAGGCAAAAAUGGGUGAGGAUUAUUUCAUGUCCCGAGCGAUAAAUUAAAAGCAAUGAAGGUUCGGGUUUGACUUUA